AAAUUCCACGGAAAUUUUCAGUGCCAUUAAUUGUUGAAAAUCCCCCCUUUCAUGCAGUGCAACACUAAGUUAGAACCGUGAGAACCUGGAAAUAAGAAAAUAUUUCUUAGAUUGUUUUGUCCCAGAACCAACGACUGAUCCUGGUUUCACAGGAUUUUAUGAAAUUACCCAGUCUGCUAGUGUUCUAGUCACAAUAAACACAAAAUAAACACACAACAGACUGUUGGUUGUGAGUCUGUUACGUGUCUGCUGUGAGUCUGCUGUGUGUUUGUGUUACAGGAUGUAGUAGAACGGAUGGAAGUGGUCCCCACAGGACAGUUCUUGUCUCCAGUUGGAUUUCUGGGUUCCCGGUCGCCGGUCACCAAAUGCCACCGGAAGCUGCAUAAGAGCGUGUCGGCGUCUAGCACCCCCACUGGUGGAGAGGAGGCGGUCUUGCACCAGAGGAUGGCGAGGACGCAGGAGUCGCGGCGCCGCCUGCUGGCAGAGGUGUGCUCUAAGUACCAGGCGGACGUGAGCCAGCAGCCGGUGUCCAAGCGGCAGGUGUCUCGGAUCUACGUGGAGGACCGGUCAUGGCUGCUGUACUGUGAAGUGCCCAAAGUUGGCUGCUCCAACUGGAAGAGGGUUCUGAUGGUUCUGAGUGGCGCCACCACCUCCUCCAUCCGGGACAUUCCUCACAAUGCGGCACAUAAAGCCAACCACCUGCGGCGGCUGAACAGCUACGACCCCGAUGGCAUCGCCCAGCGGCUGCGCUCCUACACCAAGGUGCUGUUCGUCAGGGAGCCCUUGGAGCGACUGGUGUCAGCCUUCCGGGACAAGUUUGAGAAUCCGGAAUCGUAUUAUCACUCCAGCUUUGGGCGUGCCAUCAUUUCCAGGUACCGAGUGAAUGCCACGCUCAAGGCGCUGCGCUCUGGUGACGGCGUUACCUUCAGGGAGUUCAUCCAGUACCUGGUGGAUGUUCGGAGGCCGGUGGGGAUGGACAUCCACUGGCAGUCCGUCAGCAAGCUGUGCAACCCCUGUCUGCUGCACUACGACUUCAUCGGAAGGUUUGAGGUAAUGGAGGAGGAGGCUAACUUCCUGCUGCGCAGCAUCGGUGCUCCGGCUAACCUCACCUACCCUGACUUCAAAGACCGGAACCCGCUGGAAGAAAGAACUUCCUCCAGAAUCACCCAGGAGUACUUCUCCCAGCUGAAUGCCACCGAGCGGCAGAGAGCCUUCGAGUUCUACAAUAUGGACUACCUGUUGUUCAACUACCCCAAACCCUUCCAGGACCUGCACUGA